AUGGCUUACCCAAAUGGAGUUAAUAGUCAUUCAAAGGAGGAUGACAAUGAUAACGCCCAAAUAAAUAUAACGAGUGCUGAAUUAAAAGCUUUAGUAGACGACGCUGUUAAGACGGCCUUAGAACGGCAGUAUGAAGAGUAUAGCGAGUCUCAAACCUACGUCACAAACACCGCCCAACACCUCCACCAUUUGCCACCACCACCACCACCUGCCAUCGUCACCACCUGCCACCAACCUCCGCCGACCACUAUCACCGUUCUCCGUCGCCCGCCGCCACCGCCAUCGACUACCAUCACUGCCACCCGCCAUCGUAAACCACUGCCACCCCGACCACUACCGCCAUCCUCUGCGGCCACCUCCCGCUACCGUCGACCACCACCACCCACCGUCGUCGUCGCCACCAUCAUCGACCACCGUCGCCGCCACCCGCCACCACCGAGCACCGCCUGA